AAAACCUUCAUAAAUGACCAUCAAAGCCAUCUUCACUCCUAUCCAAGUAGGAAAACACCAACUUCAACAUCGCAUUGUACUUGCCCCUUUAACACGUUUGCGAGCCACAUUGGAGGCCGUACCUACGGAUCUUCAAAAAGAAUACUAUGAACAGCGUGCCAGUUCUGGUGGACUCCUUAUUGCUGAAGCCACUUUUAUCAGUCGUUAUGGUGGUGGUUUACCUAAUGUACCUGGAAUCUACACGGCGGAGCAAAUCGAAGGCUGGAAAAAAGUGACCUCUGCUGUACAUGCCAAAAACGGUGUGAUUUUCUUGCAGAUUGUUCAUUUAGGUCGUGCUGGAUCUAAGCAUUUUCAUGUUGAUAGUGAGCAAGUAGGUUCUGCAUCUGAAGUUAUUAUUCCCGGUGUGAACUAUAUGGGCCCUCCUUUUGAAACACCCAAAGCUUUCACGGUAAAAGAAAUCGCAUCGACCAUUCAAGAUUUCCGUCAAGCUGCUCUGAAUGCCAUUGAAGCAGGUUUUGACGGCGUUGAAAUUCAUGGCGCCAAUGGUUUUUUGAUUGAUCAAUUUAUCGAUAGUAGUGUCAACAAACGUACAGAUAACUAUGGUGGUUCUAUUCCCAAGCGGGCUCGUUUUGCUCUGGAAGUUCUCCAAGCGGUGGUUGAAGCCAUCGGUCCUGAUCGUGUUGCUAUUCGUUUCUCUCCUGGUGCCAACUUUCACGGUAUGGGUGACGCUUCUCCCAUUGAAACCUGGUCUUAUUUAACGUCGCAAAUUGAAACGCUAUUUCCAAAGCUCGCUUAUCUCCACUUUGUCGAAGCACGUGGUGAUAUUAUGGGUGAAGCCUCUAAUGUGUAUGAUUCUUUACAAGCUUAUCGUCCUCUCUGGAAGGGACCGUUUAUUACGUCAGGUGGUUUCUCCAGAUCUGUUGAGCAUGCGUAUCAAAUAGCUGAACAAACAGGUAAUUUGGUCUCAUUUGGUCGUGCCUUUAUUGCUAAUCCGGAUCUUCCUCAACGUCUCUUAAAUGACAUCCCCUUAACACCUUAUGAUCGAAGUACUUUUUACACACACGAUGCUGAGGGAUAUACCGAUUAUCCCACCAUCACCAAAUAAAACUUUUAAUAUUACUACAAUAUAAACAUAUCCCCCCCCUUCUUUUAAAGACAUGCAAUUUAUAGUUUAGACUGUUGAAAGAGUAAUGCAGGCACAACCCCCCAA